AUGGCUGGAAAAAUGUUAGCCUGCGAAAACAGCCUCUACUUUGCUGCUCCUAUUAAUAUAACGUCGCACAAAGAAGAGUCUGCGAUUCGAGUGACAACAUUCCAUACUGAUGACGUUGGCGCGACCGGAUUUUGGUCGCGCGUUAUGAUUGGUUUAUUCUAUAAUUUGAUAUAAAUUAUGCCAACACAUGCAAAUCGAUUUUGAAAUUCAAGAUGGCCAGAUAUGUAAAUGGAUAUCCAAAUAGAAUACAUUUGCAUAUUAUGUUUAAAUAAUUCAGCACCUAGAAAUAGGUUUAUCAUCAAUGGAAAGGACUCGGUGUUAAACAAUGCCUCGAAGCUAUUCAACAACCUACCGAACAAUUGGAAGUGUACACUAACAACUCGUUUUAGGAACAUUGCCAGUGGGGAUAUAAAUUUCUUGUGCAGGACCUGUCUAAAACUUCUUGAGAAAAGAGACAAAAUUUUAUCAAAUUUAACAGAAGUUGAGAACAAGAUCCAAGGACAUUUUUCCGCCAAGAGAUCAAGUGAAACAGAUCUUGCGUCUCCAUCCAAGUUUAUCGCACUCAACGACAAUGAGGAAGCGUGCAUACCUAUUCACACAUUACAACCCAAAGCACACAGUACUCCAGUCAAAGUUGUUCCACCUGUAAAAGUUUCGAAAAUCAAAAAAUCUUUUUCCGAAUGCGAAACUGGCGUAAAGGUAUGUUCGUGCGGAAUUCAGCACAUUUUAACAUUAUAUUUUUACCACAAUAGUGACACAUAUAAAUAUGUGAUUAUGUAUUUAUUAUUUAUAAUAUAAAGGUCCUCCCUCAGAAAAAUAUACACUCAUACUUUAUAGCUUACAGUGAAAUGGCCUUCUCAGACCAAAGAACGUACAAUUCAACCUGAACUGGAACCCUUAGGCCGUGCCCUCCUUGGAGGGACAUGGAAGGAAAUUGCGUCAGCUGUAUACCGUGUUAAAGAGAUUAGAUCAGAGCUCAUCAAAUGCAUGUUGAAGCAACUGUCAGUAGAAUGCUGUGAUAUUAUUUCAUCUAAAAGGCCAUCCUUACUGAGAAAAACUACUGUGAGUGAUAUUCGUAUGCUGUCACUAGCCAAUAUAUGCCAUGAAAUGAAGGAGCGUGCUCCACUAUUGUAUUCAGUCACGAUGACUACUGCCACUCCUAAUAGAAAGAAAUAUGAUGCCACUGAAUGGUUGCCAAGUGUUGCUAUAGCUGCAGCUGUUCUUUUAAAACAAAGAUGUCGAAUGGUCAACAGUGUUCAGCUUUUGAUCAUGACAAUAAUAAAGUUCUCCGGAUUUCAGGUAUGUUUAGUAUGUUUAACAACAUGCAUAUAACCUGAUAGCCAAGAGCUACAUACUUGUUAGUAAAUAUUCUGUUAGAUAGUAAAUAUUCCGUUAAUACAUGUUAGUAAAUAUUCUGUGGACAGUUGGUAAGUAUUUACUUAUGAACAGUCCAUAAUAGUUGUGUCAGAACUAUAAAAGAAAGAUAUGUCAGGUCUUGGCAGUGUAUAAUUGAAUCAUAUCAUACAUGUUAACUAACAGACCAAUUUUCUCUACAUAAACAACUCGGCAAGGUUCUGAUUGCUAAAUUCAAAAUUAUAACAUUAAUUAAAUAAAUGUAUUUCCAACCUGGUUCCUACCUCUUUCAAGUUUUUCAUUACAAGCCCCAAAUGUAUUGUUCUGUUUAUUCCAAGUGUAGAUGUGGACAGGGCCUGUGCCCCGAAAAAAGCUCUGGGCAACCCUGGCUGUAGAUAUCAGACAAUUACUUGAAAUUGCCGUUACUUUGAUGCUCCCAACCUCACACAAAGUUUAGGAGCAUCAAAUUAGCAGUUGUUUCCAAAGGCUCAAAUUACUUCCACUCUAAUGUAUGUUUAAGAUUACAUCUUUAUUGUUUUUAGACAUUGUGUGGACUUUUCUCAACAAUGAGGAUUGGUGUAUCUACUUCUUACUAUAACAAAAAAAGUGAUGAAUUUGGCAGUAUUUUCAAUGAAAAUCUUGUUCACGAGAAGGCUUCUGAUGAGAGCUUAAUGUCAAUUUUGGAACAAAAAGGUGCUGAUUCUGAUAAGACAACAUCAACAGAGAAAGGUACUGAUUGUACAUUUAUUUCUUUCUGAGUUUUCAAAUCGGUUUCUCAUAAUGGUCACAUGUUUUUGGUGGGCUUAGUUAUCAUUUAGUUCAGUUUGUUAAUUAAGAUUGUUGUACUACAUGCUGUUACCUUUAACAUUUGUAUUAUAUACAAUAAACUACCCAGCUUGCUGUGACAGAACAAAUGAUAUCCCGGAUAGCUAGUUCAACACACCUAUACAAUAAUUGCAAGUGGCAACAAACCAAACUGAAUUAUUUUUUUCCAGCUCAUAAUACAGCAACUCCUCCAGACAAUUAUGUAUCUCUUGCUUUGACUUCAUGUCAAGUUGAUAUUCCUCAAACUCCAGAUGCUCAUCUUCAUUCUACUAAAGAGCAUCUUUCUGCUGGUUGUAAAUAUGUAACAGACAACUAUGACAUGUUUCAGAAAGUACGUACAAUGACAGAAAUUAAUCAGAAUAGGGACAUCCACUGGGUGAAUCAUAACAGAGUAUCAAACAGAGUUUCUGGUAAUCAUCUCCAAGACAACACAGCAAUUUGUGAUUUGAAGAACCUGGGUAACUCCAAAGUUACUCCUUCAGUUAUUGAACACAUAAUGCAAAGAAAUAACUACAUCACACUUAUUGAAAGAAUUUUGGUGUCUUCCAUAAAUUAUCUCAAAUUUUGCAAGGGUAUAGUAAGUCAGCAAAUUCCCCAUAAGCAUGUCAAGCAUGUCAAGGAGUCUGGAAUGAAGUCCAAAAAA